AUGACUACAAUGGACCUCCGGGUCGGUAACAAGUACCGCAUUGGCCGUAAAAUCGGCAGCGGCAGCUUUGGUGAUAUUUAUCUUGGCACCAAUAUCAUCUCUGGAGAAGAGAUCGCCAUCAAGCUCGAGAGCGUAAAGGCUAAGCACCCACAGCUUGAAUAUGAGGCUCGUGUCUACAAAUCUCUGGCAGGUGGCGUCGGCAUCCCCUUCGUUCGCUGGUAUGGUACCGAAUGUGACUACAAUGCCAUGGUCAUCGAUUUGCUCGGCCCCAGCUUGGAGGAUCUAUUCAAUUUUUGCAACCGCAAAUUCUCCCUAAAGACCGUUCUUCUAUUGGCCGACCAGCUCAUCUCUCGUAUCGAAUAUAUCCACGCAAAGUCCUUUAUUCACCGUGAUAUCAAACCAGACAACUUCCUGAUGGGGAUUGGGAAACGUGGCAAUCAGGUCAAUGUGAUCGAUUUCGGUCUUGCUAAGAAAUAUCGUGACCCAAAAACGCAUUUCCACAUUCCAUACCGUGAAAACAAGAACCUGACUGGAACUGCCCGAUAUGCCAGUAUCAAUACUCACCUGGGAGUGGAGCAGUCCCGUCGCGAUGACAUGGAGUCCCUUGGCUAUGUUAUGCUCUAUUUCUGCCGCGGAUCUCUUCCCUGGCAAGGACUGAAGGCUGCCACCAAGAAACAGAAGUAUGACCGCAUCAUGGAGAAAAAGAUGACUACGCCCACCGAAGUUCUCUGCCGUGGUUUCCCCAAUGAGUUCUCGGUCUAUUUGAACUACACCCGGUCUCUACGCUUCGAUGACAAACCGGAUUAUUCCUAUCUCAGAAAGAUCUUCCGCGAUCUGUUUGUCCGAGAAUCAUUCCAAUACGACUAUGUCUUUGACUGGACCGUUUACAAAUAUCAGAAGAACGCCCAGGCAAUUGCUCAGGCUACUGGUAACCAAAAUGCUGAGGAUGAGGAUAAGCCACGCCGCCAUCCUGGCAAUCCUGUCAAUCCUCAGGUCAAGCCAUCAGCCCUUGCUGCUCCCCGUCGCAAGGUGGUUGAUCGCAUCCCAAGUGGAACGGUCGAUACUCCCGAUACAAAUCGCGCCGUUGGGGGAAGUGAUAGGAUGCUACGUUCUGCUUCUAAGGGUGUUAAUGCGGGUGCUGGCUACACCAGUGCUGCUUACCACCGUUCGAAGCGGGAUGAUGGUACUGGUGCUAAUUGGUACUGA